AGAAAAAUCCAUGGACUUUGAACGUGUCCCGAAGACUUGAGGGGGACCUUAACCCAAGUGGGUUUAAAGCCAAGAUCAGACCAAAAAGGAGUCAGAAACUCCCCAAUCCUCGAUCACCCCCGCGGCCGCAUCAAUGGCCGACGACCUCCACAACCACCACCACCACCACCGUCCCCACCGCCUCUCACUCCCUCACCGCCCCACCGCCACCGCCACCACCACCACCCCAAAACCCUACUCUCUCUACCCCUACCUUCCAUCUACCCCAACCCCCACCCCCACGCCCACCUCAUCCAAACACCCCCUCUCUCUCCUCCCCAAACCACCACACCCCACCACCAAAACCACCUCUCUCUCUUUCCUCUUCCUCCUCCUCUUCUCUCUCCGCUCCCUCUACUCCCUCCUCCCCUUCCUCCGCUCCUCCCCAUCCUCCUUCUCUCUCUUCCCCUUCUCCUUCCUCGUCUCCCUCCUCUCUCUCCUCCUCACCCUCUCCUUCUCUCUCCUCACCCCUCCCACCUCCAAAUCCCCCUUCCGUCAAAACCAACACCAGCCCAUUUUCUCUCCCACCUCAAUUUCCCAAACCCAGUUCAGGAUUCUCCUUUCCAAAUCCCUCCUCCUCGCCGUCGUGUUUCUCCUCAGGUUCCAAGCCCUCCGGUACUGCGGCACCGCUGCCAUGAUCCUCGCCGAGCUCUCGGGAAACGUGGCGGCCCGGUUCUUCUCUGAGGGGCGAAAAAAUCGCGACCCGGAUCAUAUCGGAUCGGCUAAGGUUCGUGGGUUCUUUGCAUUGUUUGUUGGGUUGUUGUUAUUAUCGAUUAGUUGGGAUCGCAUUGAGUGUUUUCCUUUAUCUGCUGUGAAUGUUGCUAAACAAGGGUUUCAAGUGGUUCAGGGUCAGAAUUGUGUUAGGGUUUGGCCGAUGUUGCUGCCAUUUUUCUGUGGGUUCUUAGGGUGUUAUGAACGGGUUUCAAUGAACUGGGGGAGUGUUAGGGAACUGGGUCGGAAACGGGUUCGGCUGAUUUCACUGUUUUUCACAACAGUUGUGCUUUUCAUUCCUGCUGUUAUCAGUAUGUUUGUGUUCGAAGCAGAUGGAGACAGUAUUUCGAUACGAAGUUUAGGUUGGCCUUUGGCUAAUACUGUUGUGUUUGGGGUACUUUUGAGUGAGAAUUUCAGCGACGAGAAGUCAGUGAAUUCCAAAGAUUUUCAGAGGGAAUUCCUUGUUACCUUUGUGUGUACUAUGCUUUUGGAACUGUUUUAUUUUCCGGAGCUUUCGCUUUGGGGAUUGUUGAUGUGUGGUUUAUUGAUUGGGAUCGCUGUUAGAGAACUGGAUCCUGUGUAUUCAACUUAUCUUGAGUUGGGUGUGGAAUCCUCAGAAUCGUUUACUGCCUUAAUCAUGAAGCCCAUCCGCCACAUUCUGAGCGAGAGAAAGUCCCGCAAGAUUGCCCUUUUCCUUUUGAUCAACAUGGGUUAUAUGGUUGUGGAAUUUGUUGCUGGGUUCAUGAGUAACAGCCUGGGGUUGAUAUCAGAUGCCUGUCACAUGUUAUUCGAUUGUGCAGCUCUUGGAAUUGGAUUGUAUGCUUCUUAUAUUUCAAGGCUUCCAGCAAACAGUCAAUUCAAUUAUGGUCGCGGGAGAUUUGAGGUUCUAUCGGGAUAUGUCAACGCUGUUUUCUUGGUUCUUGUUGGAGCCCUAAUAGUUCUGGAGUCAUUGGAGAGGAUAUUGGACCCCCAGGAAAUCUCAACUAAUAGUUUGUUGACAGUUUCUAUUGGAGGGCUUGUUGUGAAUGUGGUCGGUCUUAUCUUCUUCCACGAAGAGCAUCAUCAUGCCCAUGGUGGAACCGGAUCAUGUACACAUUCACAUUCACAUUCACCAUCGCACUCUCACUCUCACACUCACUCUCACACGGACGAGCACAAUCAUUCACAUGGUCACUGUGGACAUGACCAUAAGGCUCAUGGCAAUCAUCAUGAAUGUAUAGUUGUUUCCCAUGACAGCCAUGAAAAAUCAAGUUCUGCCCACGAUGACUUGCACAAGGAAGCUCAUGAUCACCAUAAUUGUAACCACAAUCACGGUUCUGAUCAUACACAAAACCACAAAAGUAGUAGUGCCAGUUGCCAUGGUCAUGACCAUCACAACCAUGUUCAUGAUCAUGACCACCAUGGGAAUCGUCAUCUUGGGCAUGGUGACGAGCAUCACCAUGUUCACGAUGAUGACCACCAUGAGCAUCAUCAUCAUGAGCACAUUCACGAGCAUCCCCAUGGAGGCGCCUCAGUUAAUUCUUCUAGAAGCUUCAAUGGCCAUUCAACUAAAGAUCCUUCAGGGGGAGAUUCUCAUGUUCAUAGUCUGGGUUUUGAAGUUCAUUCGUCUGGACUAAGUGGCAAUUCCCAACAGAUAGAACUACCAUCUCACAGAGAAGAAAAGCAAAAGCCACACCGCCACAUUGACCACAACAUGGAAGGCAUCUUCUUACAUGUUUUGGCAGAUACCAUGGGAAGUGUUGGUGUUGUUAUUUCAACACUCUUAAUUAAGUACAAGGGAUGGCUUGUGGCGGACCCCAUCUGCUCGAUUUUUAUCUCAGUGCUAAUUGUAGCUUCUGUAAUAUCUCUGCUCAGGAACUCUGCGGAAGUUCUGCUUCAAAGAAUCCCUAGGGCUCAUGAGCAUGAUCUCAGGGAAGCUCUAAACGAUAUUGUGAAGAUAAAGGGAGUACGUGGCAUUCAGAAUUUUCACGUAUGGAGUUUCACAAACACAGAAGUUGUGGGCACCCUUCAUCUUCACGUCUCCACAGAAGCAGACAUGGCAAACGCAAAGGCACAGGUUUUGCAUAUGUUACAUGAUGCUGGAAUCAAGGAUUUGACAGUGCAGGUGGAAUGUGUCAAGGGUAGUUAAGUGCUUGGCUUCUUAUUUUCUCCUUGAAGUGUUUGGAGUAGCAAUAUAGCUCCUCAUUUUGUAGAACUGCUACAAGAAUGUUAGAAAUGAAUACACUGCUAAUUACUGCUCCUCGAUAAUCGAUAUCACCUUGGUUAUAGUUGAUUCCAGAUGGAUCUUGAAGGAUUGUCACUAGAAUGAAUGGGCUCUUGAAGCGUUGCUAUGUAUCACACUCACACUUGUUGGUAGGUAGGGUAGUUCUUGUUGGAUCAGCUGGAGAAUGUCUAACAGAAAAGGCAGGUGGCUCUCAGUUGUAUGGGUAUGCUGCCCCUUUCUCCGCUUUCAUCAGUGAUCUAGUUAGGUUUUGAUUAUCAAAUUCUCAGCUCGCUUUCUUGCUGGGAAAAUUGUAAUAUGAGAGGAGUAAAAACAGUGAAGGAAAAGGGAAAUGCAUAGAAUUGCUUGAUGCUGGAUUUUGAACUUCAAUCUAAUACUAUGGUUUAAUCUUCUA